AUGAUAUUAACAAAACUUGGUCGUUAUAAUUGUUUCGACCCAUUCGGUUCAUCCAUUCGUCGUAGUUCUAACUUAUCCAAUAAUAGGUCAUCUACACUUAUUUCCUCCAAAUCCGAUAAAGACCGAUUUUGUAAUUCAUUUUCGUCCUUGUCUUCGUCGUCGUUAAAUGGUAUAACUCCACAAUUAGCUCAGACAAUUCCCUCAGAAAUAUUGAUCGAAAUAUGUCGAUAUCUUCAUCCUGUCGAUUUAUAUUCUUUGGCUUCGGUUUGUAAACGAUAUAGAAAUUUGUUAUGGUCAAAAUGUUCUACCACUACACAAGCAAUCUGGAAAAAUUCUAGGCUAAAAUAUGUUCCAAGUCUCUCGAUGACACCACCCGCUGAAAUGUCUGAACAAGAGUAUAUCUGGUUGAUGUUGAUAUUAAACAAAUGCAUGUUUUGCGAAGAGAGAAAUAAAUUUGAGUUAACGAUGUAUUGGGAAUUCAGAAUGUAUUGUUGCCAAAAAUGUUUGGAUGAUAGAACUGUUAGCCGUCAUACUCUACUUAAUGAAUGGAAUGUUCAUGACUUUCUUUUAUCAUGCUUCAUACAACUUCAGCGUAGCUCUAACCCCCGAGAUCCACCUUUGUAUUUAAUUAAAGAUGUUAAAGCUACUCUUAAUAAUUAUAAUCAAUUAUCGAAAGAUGAAAAACCUCAAUGGAUUAAAAAUUGUGAAAAGAACAUUUUGAAACUUCAAUUAGAAAAUGAACAAUAUAACCAUAUACAUGAUCUUACAAGAUAUGACCAUACCGAAAGAUUAGAAAGGUUAUUAAAAAAACUACAUGAAUUUUACACAUGGCCCAAACAUAGGUCAAUGUAG